UGCAGGUGGUUUAUUAAUGAGCUUAGCGAGGUCGCUCAAACCGCUGCGCAUCGCUCGCAUGCACCGGCGCAGCUUUAUGUGGCGGAAUUGCGCAGGGUUCAGAGGGGUGUGCUGCGGCUGCCGCGGAAGGACACAAAAGCCCCCAAAAAAACCCGAGAACCGGGACAGUGCGGCUUCUUAGUUUUUGCCGGCUUUGCCUCAACUCGAGAGCAGCGCGCGAGACCGGCAUCCUGAAGAACCGGCACUGCCCUGCUCUCUGAUUUUUCAUUUAGUACUUUCUUUAAUUCGCUUUUGGUCUUGUUAAAGGUGAUCCGACAAAAUAGCUUUAUGUUCCACGGAACGACUUUAUUUCACAGCCUGUCCAAACUUUGAAAACUAAGCCGCGGUGAGGCUGUCUCCUCAGCAUUAGCACACCGAAAUUCUAAACCAUAUAGAGCAGUUGUUUACCUCGAAUUUCCCUGUAGUCUUUUAUAAAAAGUCAAAUCUCCUCUCUUAUACAUCCCAAAGGGCUGACAUCUCCUUACUGUACCAGCUGAAGAGAGAAGACUGACUGCGCAACCAUGGGGUAUGGGCGAUCAGACAGCUACCGCGUGGCUACCACGCAGGACAAAGAUGAUAAGGGCUCCCCUGACAAGAAGAAAAAAGGGACGAAAGAUCUAGAUGAUCUGAAGAAGGAAGUGCCUCUGACAGAGCACAAGAUGUCAGUGGAAGAAGUAUGCCGGAAGUUCCAGACAGACAUCGUUCAGGGUCUGACUAAUGCCAAGGCGGCUGAGUUUCUGCUUCGGGAUGGUCCCAACGCUCUCACGCCUCCCCCAACCACGCCCGAGUGGGUGAAGUUCUGCAGGCAACUCUUCGGAGGCUUCUCCAUCCUCCUGUGGAUCGGCGCUAUCCUCUGCUUCUUGGCCUACGCCAUCCAGGCUGCCACUGAGGAUGAACCAGCUGGGGACAACUUGUAUCUAGGUAUUGUGCUGUCGGCUGUAGUCAUCAUCACCGGCUGCUUCUCCUACUUCCAGGAGGCCAAGAGCUCCAAGAUUAUGGAGUCUUUCAAGAACAUGGUGCCCCAGCAAGCACUGGUGAUCCGUGAAGGAGAGAAGAUGCAGAUUAACGCUGAGGAAGUCGUGGCUGGAGAUCUUGUGGAGGUGAAAGGGGGUGACAGAAUUCCUGCUGACCUCAGAAUAAUAUCCUCCCAUGGCUGCAAGGUGGAUAACUCCUCUCUAACUGGAGAAUCAGAGCCACAGACGCGAUCACCCGACUGCACCCAUGACAAUCCUCUGGAAACCCGCAACAUCGCCUUCUUCUCCACUAACUGCGUAGAGGGCACUGCCCGUGGCAUUGUCAUAUGCACAGGUGAUCGCACAGUGAUGGGCCGCAUCGCUACUUUGACCUCAGGGCUGGAAACAGGGAAGACCCCCAUUGCCAAGGAGAUUGAGCACUUCAUCCACAUCAUCACAGGAGUGGCUGUGUUCCUGGGAGUCAGCUUCUUCGUCCUGUCCAUCAUCUUGGGCUACAGCUGGCUGGAGGCUGUCAUCUUCCUCAUUGGUAUUAUUGUGGCCAAUGUGCCUGAAGGACUGCUGGCUACUGUCACUGUGUGUCUGACCCUGACAGCGAAGCGCAUGGCUCGGAAGAAUUGCCUGGUGAAAAAUCUGGAGGCUGUAGAGACUCUGGGCUCCACGUCCACCAUUUGCUCAGAUAAAACCGGAACCCUGACGCAGAACCGCAUGACUGUGGCCCACAUGUGGUUUGACAACCAGAUCCAUGAGGCUGACACCACUGAGGACCAGUCCGGCGCAUCCUUCGAUAAGACCUCGGUGACGUGGGUGUCUCUGGCUCGUGUUGCGGCUCUGUGUAACAGGGCAGUGUUUAAAGCGGGCCAAGACUCUCUACCAAUCCUUAAGAGGGACGUAGCUGGUGACGCCUCCGAGUCUGCCCUGCUGAAGUGCAUUGAACUCUCCUGCGGCUCUGUCAGACAGAUGAGAGAUAAGAACAAGAAAGUAGCUGAGAUCCCAUUCAACUCCACCAACAAAUAUCAGCUGUCCAUCCAUGAGACUGAGGACCCCAAUGAUAACCGCUAUCUCCUAGUGAUGAAGGGGGCUCCAGAGCGCAUCCUGGACCGCUGUUCCACCAUCAUGCUACAGGGCAAGGAGCAACCCAUGGAUGAAGAGAUGAAGGAGGCCUUCCAAAACGCCUAUCUGGAGCUGGGAGGACUGGGGGAGAGAGUGCUGGGAUUCUGCCACCUCUUAAUGCCAGAGGAUCAGUACCCUAAAGGAUUUGCCUUCGACACAGAUGAUGUUAACUUCCAGACAGACAACCUGUGCUUUGUGGGUCUGAUGUCCAUGAUUGACCCUCCCCGUGCUGCUGUGCCUGACGCAGUGGGCAAGUGCCGUUCAGCUGGUAUCAAGGUCAUCAUGGUGACUGGAGACCACCCCAUCACAGCCAAAGCCAUCGCCAAGGGAGUAGGCAUCAUCUCAGAGGGCAAUGAGACAGUGGAGGACAUUGCUGCUCGUCUCAAUAUCCCAGUCAGCCAGGUUAACCCCAGGGAUGCCAAAGCCUGUGUAAUCCACGGGACAGAACUGAAGGACAUGUCUCAAGAGCAAAUAGAUGAGAUUCUACGCAACCAUACUGAAAUUGUCUUUGCCAGGACCUCUCCCCAGCAAAAGCUCAUUAUUGUGGAGGGCUGCCAGCGACAGGGAGCUAUCGUAGCUGUAACCGGUGAUGGUGUAAAUGACUCUCCUGCUCUGAAAAAGGCCGAUAUCGGUGUUGCCAUGGGGAUUGCUGGGUCCGAUGUGUCCAAACAGGCUGCUGACAUGAUCCUGCUGGAUGACAAUUUUGCUUCCAUUGUUACUGGAGUAGAAGAGGGUCGCCUGAUCUUUGACAACCUGAAGAAAUCCAUUGCUUACACUCUGACCAGCAACAUCCCAGAGAUCACUCCAUUCCUCUUGUUCAUUAUCGUCAACAUCCCAUUGCCCCUGGGUACCAUCACGAUUCUCUGCAUUGACCUAGGCACAGAUAUGGUUCCUGCUAUCUCUCUGGCCUAUGAGGCAGCUGAGAGUGACAUCAUGAAGAGGCAGCCCAGGAACCCACAGAGGGACAAACUGGUCAACGAGCGUCUCAUCAGCAUUGCUUAUGGACAGAUUGGUAUGAUCCAAGCCUUGGGAGGUUUCUUUAGCUACUUUGUAAUUAUGGCUGAGAACGGUUUCCUUCCCUCUCAUCUGGUGGGCAUCAGGCUCUCCUGGGACGACCGCAGCGUCAACGACCUAGAAGACAGCUAUGGACAGCAGUGGACCUAUGAGCAGAGAAAGAUUGUGGAGUUCACAUGCCACACAGCUUUCUUUGUCAGUAUUGUGGUUGUGCAGUGGGCUGAUCUAAUCAUCUGCAAGACCAGGCGUAACUCUGUGUUCCAACAGGGCAUGAGGAACAAGAUUCUGAUCUUCGGUCUGUUUGAGGAGACAGCUCUAGCAGCAUUCCUGUCCUACUGCCCAGGCAUGGACGUGGCACUCAGGAUGUACCCACUAAAACCUUCCUGGUGGUUCUGUGCAUUCCCGUACAGUUUCCUAAUCUUUGUGUACGAUGAGAUCCGAAAGCUUCUCUUGCGCCGAAACCCUGGAGGUUGGGUGGAAAAAGAGACAUACUAUUGAUUAAUGAAUUCCUUCUUUACUCACACCCCUACAUCUUCCAUUUUUCUUCUACUCCUCUACUCCUUAUCCUAUGGCGCACAACCAUUACCACCCCCUCACCCCAUUCAGAGAGACAGCAGCUUAAAACCAACACCAUGCCUGCCCCAAAGAGAAAACUACAAAGCACCUUCCAAACUCUUGACUGUCCAAGUCCCUGCGCUGCUCCCAUCACCCCUAAUAUUACUCUUUGCAUGACUUUUCACGGGUGUGCACAUAAAGUCUGUUAUAUAUUUACCAAUGGCAGCUGCAUAAUCAUUAUGUAGAUCUGAAAGGAGCUUUCAGUGCUAAUCAGGAGCGUGUGUAAGCGUGUGUGUGUGAGCGUGUGUGCGUAUGCUCUGCUAACAAAGGGCCCAGUCCUCUGCUUCUUCCUCACAUCCACCUGCCUCCUCUUCUGCCUCCUUUUCCAUGCCUUUCUACUCCUCUGUACUCCUCCCAUCCCUCCCUCAAUCCCCUCCGCCUGUCCUCCAAUUGCACACGGGUAUGUGGGUCACAUGACUUGCGGCGGGACGCCACCUGCUGACACCGGUACACUCUGGUCAAUUACUCCUGCUGACUCCUGUUGUCUGGGAGAAGACACAUCCACACCUUCCUUUUUCUUCUUUCCAUGCUUUUCAUGUCGAUUGUCCUUUUUGGUUUUUGCAUUGUAGUGAUGUUACUUUGAGAGGAUGGUGGGGGUCAUUCACUGACUGAUUGUUUUUAUUAUUAAUAAUAUUAUUAUUAUUAUUAUUAUUAUUAUUGUUGUUGUUGUUGUUGCUGUUAAUUGAAGAUGGAGAGAACCAUGUUGGCUCUUUCCACAUGAAAACUAAACAUGGGUUUUUCAUAUCUUUUUCUCUCUCUUUUUUUCUGUCUUUGUGUUCUCUGCUAACCCUGUUUCAAAUCCAACUUCAGAUUGUGUGUUUUAGAAACUAACCAUAUAUACAAUAUUACGUAAGAUUCAAUUAAAUAAUACACAACAAAUACAAAAGCACUAAAGAAAGAUGGUUCUCUUGCAUGUUUGACUGUAGUAACGGUCUAUAACUAGAUGCAAAUGAUACAGGGAAACACCCGUUAUCAGGUAUUAAGUAUAGAAUCAGUAUGUACUUUUAAUGUUUUUGGUAUGUUUCUGGUUCUACUGCCAUUAUGAUUCCAAACACACCAGGUACUGCUUGUCAUUCUCCCGAAACACACUGUAUUGUUUUUUACAACAAGGUAUCUAUCAAUGUAUCACAUCUAAGUGGACUGAAUGCAUUAUAUCUGUAGUAGAACAGUCAUCCAUGUCACACAACAGGAGUUUUCUUUCUUUGGGUUUAUGAAUUUCAGAUUUCUACAGGUCUUUUACAGCGAACCUGGUGUGUUUGGGGCCUUUAUAUGUUGGUUUAUCAGGAAACGCAUGUAUGGUGUGGUGUGUGGAGCACCCCAGGUCUUGUGCUGUGUGUCUGUAUGCGUGUGCGUGUGUGAGAGAGAGAGAGAGGUUGUAUGUAUGGGUGUGUGAAUGCUUGGGGACAGUGCGCUGUGGCAGUCCGCUUAAGGCUGCGUCCAUCUCAGAAAGGUGUGGGGGGUGAGACUAAAGAAAGGGACGAACAUUAAAUAUAACAAAUUGUAGAGAAAAUGUGUUUGAAAGCAAUGAAAUCAACACCAAUAAAACAUCUAGAACAUUUAAUACAA